UUAUUAUUGUAAUUCAGAAAAAMAAUUAUAAAUUUUAAAAAACUUUUGUUUUUAUUUAAAUAAUAUUCUUUUUCCAACAAUCAGUUAUUGAAAAAUGGUGAAGUUGUGUUAUUUAUGUGAUAGAAAAGCGUCGAGAGCUGACAAUAUUUCUUUGCAUCAAUUUCCGAAAAAUUUGGAGAUACGUUUGAAGUGGCUAAAUGCUUGUGGAUUAACUGAAAAUAAUGAUGUAAAAAGAACUUACAUAUGUUCCAGACAUUUCAAAGCUGAUGAUAUUUGUCAAUCAAAAAUUUUUGGAGUUGUUAAAUCUUCUWYAAAACGUAAUGCAGYUCCUACACUUUAUUUAACAAAUCCACUCAGUAUUGAUAAAACUAGUAAAUUACCACCAAACACGCCGCUAUCGGAAGUAUUUGAUGAGAAUGGAGUCAGCAAUCAAUCGUCAUCAUGUUUUUCUGAGAAUAAUAUUGUCAAYCAAUAUAAUGUACUCAAUACUUUGCAAAAAAGUAAAAUAAUAAGAUUUAUGUAUAAACAUAGAAGGAUGGCUUUAUUGGGAUGAUUAUAGCUCUAAGGAAUAUAUUUCCUCUUUAUGAUCAAUUAAAAAAAGAAGGAAUGACUUAUUUAUUGACAUAUAAGCUGUCUCAAGAUUACAUUGAAACAUUUUUUAGCGCUAUCAGAAGUCGUGGAGGUUUCAAUAAUAAUCCUAAUGUUUUACAAUUUAAAAAUGCGUAUAAGCGUUUGUUAGUAAGGCAUGAAUUGAAACAAUUCGAAAAUGGUAAUUGCGCCUUUGACAAUGUAGACAUUUUACACGUAUYAUCAAACACAAGAAAUUGUUACGACCAAAUUGGACAUGCAGAUUUGCUUCAAAACACUGAAAAUCCCGAUAUUUCGGAUCACGAUUAUAUUCGUUAUUGCUGGGAUUUAUCUCCAUUUGUUGAAAAWAUUGUUCUAUAUAUAGCGGGUUAUGUUUCACACAGAGUCUCUAAAAUAAUAUUCUGUCCUGUUUGCAAAAAUCAAUUAAUUUCGGAUGAAUCAAGUGAAUCUAUGCCUYUUUUAUCUCUUAUCAAAAAUAGAGGACCAUUUAAAAUAYYAUCGAAAGAUGUUAUUAGUAUUUKUAAGACUUCAGAAAAAAUAAUUAGACAACGUUCUCAUGAAUUACUGAACAAAAAUAUAAAAAYUAUUGUUACAAAUGAAAUAUGUCGAAAAAUAGGACUAAUGUUUGAUAAUAAAGAAAUGAACGAUCAUGUUUUACUUCAAAAUUUUUCUGAUAAUCAUCGUUAUCAGUUAUGUAAAUGGAUUAUUGAAGUAUAUUUAAACACAAGAUUUUUUUAUGAAGCCAAAAAAUUAUCAGUUAAAGAUAAUUAUGUUCGGCAAAAAUAUAAUAGACUCAUUUUAUUUUAUAACCAAUAAGAAAUUAACAAACUGCAUACUAAUUUUUGUGUAAAAUAAACUUGUAUCAGUUAAACGAUUA